AGAACGUGGCAUUCGGAGAGCCGCACCUCCAUAAAGCAGGAGAUCUGCCCCUUAAGGACUACGUUUCCCAGAUACCUCCGCGAGAGGCAAGGCCGGGCGUUGCUUUUUAUGUUGGCUAAAAGGCUUGGUCGCCCGGGGAGGCUGCGUGGGUGUCGCGAGUUCGAGGCUCGUUUUGGGUUGGUGUGACUUCGGAGGAGAAGACAGGGAGGCAUCCAGUGCCUGGCGGACAGUAGUGGUGCAGAGGUCACGGGUCCUUACUGAACCUUUGGAGGCAAAAUUGUGGGAGUUCUUUUUAAAAAUACCAGUUGUUCUUGGACUUGGGAGGAAAAAAAAUGAACAAAGAUGCACAAAUGAGAGCCACUAUUAACCAAAAGCUAAUUGAAACAGGAGAACGAGAACGCCUCAAAGAACUCCUCCGAGCCAAAUUAAUUGAAUGUGGGUGGAAAGACCAGUUGAAAGCACACUGUAAAGAUGUCAUCAAAGAGAAGGGACUAGAGCAUGUCACUGUUGAUGACUUGGUGGCAGAAAUCACCCCGAAAGGCAGAGCCUUGGUACCUGACAGUGUGAAGAAAGAACUUCUACAAAGAAUAAGAACAUUUCUUGCCCAACACGCCAGCCUUUGAUUCUGCUAUUUGAGUUGUACCAUGUUGUGUUAAGUGAAUAAUGCCAGAAACUGGAAGACAUAUUUCCAUGCUUUUGGGUGAAAGUUCACUUUUUUUAACGUUUAGUUACUGGACGUGUACCUUGUUACAUUGACUUCUUAAUGUUGGUAUUUUAAUAAAAAAAAGAAGAGGAAGAAGAAGAACCGAACGACCUAUGGGUGUGCAUUGGAAACAGUAUUCCUUGCCAUUAAAAGGAUGUUGCAUGGUUUAAUGUGA